CAAGUGGCUGGCAGACAGAUUUGCCGAAAUUGGGCAAGAAGCUGUGCUGUAAGGAGGGGUCUGGCUGCCUGCCAUUCACGUUCACUCCCUGCCGCGACUGCCUUUCCCAUUGGCUCGCGGUGAUUUCUGCUAAGUGCAUGUGGGUCUGGUCUGGUGAAUGGACCUAUCAACUACAGUAUUCUGCUGGCGGCGGUUCUGAAUUUGUAAGGACCACGGGGUGGUUGUCUGGUCACCUAACCACCCCCUCCACUGGUGGGGGAAGCUUUUCAGCUGGGGCAUUGAAGGUGGAAUGUUUUUAUAGAAAAUGGCAGCAACGAUGACAGGUGGCGUCGGAAGGGAGAGUUGGCUGGCAGAAGUAAAUUCAGUGAGGGCACGCGCGCAACUAGUCACGAUUUGUUAGCUGAGUUGUUUUGAUGCGAUGGGGGGCCCAUGGCGAAAUUCGGUGCGGAUUACAGUACAGCACAGUAUUUCAGCUGGGCAUGAAAUUUGGGAGGGAAACACGAGGGCUGGUUGGUGGAAUCUCGCCAAAAGAAGGGAAGAAAAUGGUCGACGUGAC